AUGGCGCCGACGCUGGCGGCCGCGCCGACUGAGAGGCGAAGCAGGCGCACUGGCGGCCUCGUCGUGCUGGCGGUGCUGAGCUGCGGGGUGCUCGCUGCAUGGGAACCUGACGUGCUGGGCUUCCUCGGGCUCUCCGCCCCUCGGCGGUCGCGGUCCCCCAGGCCAUCCUGGGGCGUCGCGCUGGGCGCGGAGGGCGACGUUUCCGCGGCCCUGGAGGGCGACGCCACGGCCGACGACCUAGCGCUGGAGUCUCCCACCCCGGAGAAAGAGCCUGUCUAUGGGGACGCCGCGCCUCCGCCAAACAUUCCCCUGUUCCAGGAGUUGAACAUCUCGGCGAAGACAACCCCGAAGGGCCUGAUGCGCGCCAUGGUCGGCGCGUUCAACAAUGGCGAGAGGGCGGUGGACCUCGUCCUCACGGACCCCCGCCACAAGCACAUCUUCUUGUACUCCCUCGCCCUGUUGCCCGCGCCCUUCAGGGCUUCGGGGCAGGUGCUGAUCCGCAGGCGCGACCGGCGACUCAGGAUGCGGGUCGUGCAGAGGUUCCGGCCGCCGGAGGACGAGGCGCCCGAGGUGUUCCGUGUCGCGAGCGGGAGCAACAUCACGGCCCUGGGCCAGCUGGUGAAGAACAUCUUCACCGACUCUCUGGGGAAUAACCUGAAGCGGACGGUGCAGCUGGAGUUCCAGGGACAGGUCUGCGCUGGCAAUGCAGUCCUGGUGAUAGAGCAUGCCGAGCGCCUGGCGUUCCGCGAGCUCUUUUUCCACGCCAGAAAAGUGACGGAGGAGAUUCCGAGUGCCCAGCUCAGAGCCGCCGCGAGCGCGCCUGGACGCGCAGACGGCGCCUGCCGCCCCCAACAAGAACGUCUUCAUCCUGGUCACAAUUACUACUGGCUGAGGAAGUGCGCCUGA